UGGGAAGGAGCAGCAUCGGCGCCGCAGGAAAGAAGGAGAGAGAGGGAGAGAGACUGGAGGAGAAGACACGAAGCCUCAUCUCUGCUCGGAGAUGAAAGACACUUUUAUCACACACUGAACAAUCGGAUCUCACUUGGUGCCGCAAUGUAUUUUGGUAAUGUGUGCCACAGCACUCUUCCGCCGCUGGCUCGUCCCACGCUGGGCAGGACCCAGCCCUCCCCUGACCCAAAAGCCCUCCUCCCCCUCCACCUGCUGCCUGGAUUCGCUGACAUGGAUCAUAUACAUAAAGCUCUGAUUGGCCCAGGCUUCGGGCUAACCUCACCCUUAAUAAGAAAGCCCAGUUCCUGUGGCGUCUGUCGUCUUAGAUUCAACUCUGAGGCUCAGGCUUCCUCCCAUUAUACCGGCACGAAGCAUGCGAAAAAGCUGUUAGCUCUGGACGCCCCAGAUUCAAAGAUCAGGACCUGUGAACCGGUCUCCAAGGAAACUGCAGUCCUGUUGUCAUCGUGCUCACGGCCCUCCAGCUCUGACACAACAUCAGGAGAGCCUUCAUCGCUGAACCCUACCUCAGAAAUGACACCAUCAACCAGUGGCUCCACUGAAACUGUGAAAGCACCUUCUGACCCUUCCUUGUCACCCAUUUCAAGGACAACAGAGAAAGAGGCACCAAAAGAUGGAGAGGCAGAGGCUCCAGGAGAGGAGACCGAAGAAGCAAAAGCUAUACGUCUUCUGUACUGCUCUCUCUGCAAGGUGGCUGUCAACUCAGCCUCCCAGCUUCAGGCCCACAACAGUGGCACCAAGCACAAGACCAUGCUCGAGGCCAGAAGUGGCGAUGGAGCCAUCAAAUCCUUCCCCAGGAUGGGGGUCAAAGGCAAGAUGGCUGCACCAUCUGAGUCAUCGACAGGACUCCAGAAUAAAACUUUCCACUGUGAGAUCUGCGACGUGCACGUCAACUCUGAGACUCAGCUCAAACAGCACAUCAGCAGCAGGAGACACAAGGACAGAGCGGCAGGUAAACCAGCCAAGCCUAAAUUCAGCCCCUACACUCCCACCCAGCGUCACCAGAGUUUCCAGGCAAUAAGACUGACUUUACGAAAGAACCAAGAUCUGACCAAGCCUCUGGCGUCUUGUGUCCUCCAGCGUCAGCUCUCUGUUGCCGCCGCCGCUGCUGCUGCCAUGGCAUCUUUGCCCCCAUUCCCUCUCCCGCCUGCAUCAAACUCGAACCCUGCCCUGUUUCACAGUCAAUCCCUCCCCCAGGCCCUGCUUCAUCCGGCACCCGGACCCAUCUGCUCAACACACACGUCUGUUCUCUUUUCCCCCUACUGACCCGGCCGAUGUCUCUAUUGCUUCUGAACUACAGCUAAAAGCAGACAUGAGGCCCGAACAAGAUGUGAUAUAAGCCAGUGCCCUUUGUACUUCACAUGCCAACAGACACCACGGGUGUCACGGACCAGAGUGGGUCAGAUUGAGGUAGCAGAUGGGCGAAAACAGAGUAUUUUGAAAUGUGAGAGAGUGUGUGAAUGCUACCGGGUGCGUGGACAGACGUAUUCAUCACAGAAGUGCAAGUUUUUGCUCUAUAUUGUAGCACUUUUGCUAAUAAUCUGUGACGCAUUAAAGAAAUUCCCUCU